GGCAACAUGAAGCAGCACAUGCUGACGCACAAGAUCCGUGACGUGCCGCCUGGUUUCGACAAGAGCUCGAGUGGGGCCGACGAGGGGCGAGAGCAGAGCCCCGACCGCCGCUUGUCGCCUGACAAGCUUGACUUGAAACGCUCGCCGUCUGCGCACCCGCCGCCGCCUAUGUCGCACCCCCCACCCAUCGAUAUGCCACCACUGCCUAAACGGCCCAGCGUACCGAGCGGGCCGAGCCACCCGCCUCCUCCGGCGUCGUCCAAGCACCUGUGCGGGGUGUGCCGCAAGAACUUCUCCUCGUCGUCCGCGCUGCAGAUCCACAUGCGCACUCACACCGGCGACAAGCCCUUCCGAUGCGCUGUCUGCCAGAAGGCUUUCACUACCAAGGGUAACCUUAAGGUGCACAUGGGCACCCACAUGUGGAGUGGUGGCGCGUCUCGCCGUGGGCGGCGCAUGUCGCUGGAGCUGCCGCCGCGGCCGCUGCACGAGCCGCACGACUUGUUGCGCCGCCCCGACCUCUUCUACCCGUACCUGCCCGCGCCUUUCCUCAACGGCAUGCAGCAGAAGCUGAAUGAGAUAUCAGUGAUACAGCAGAGCGCGGGCCAGAAUGGCGUAGCCGGGAAAUUCCCCGGCCUACUCGGAUUCGGAGCGUUCGGAGGCGCUCGGGCGGGCGCCGCGUCCCCGCUGGAGCGGCCGCCGUCGCUGGAGGGCGGCGACGAGCGCCAGGCGGCCAUGCGCGAGCUGGCGGAGCGCGGGCGCGAGCUGGCCGAGCGCAGCCGCGCCCUGCGCGAGGAGGGCGAGUACCGCGCGGGCGGGCACGGCGCGCACGGCGCGGGCGGCGGCGCGGCGCAGGCCUCCCCGCCCGCGCCGCACCUGGCGCACCCGCUGGGCUCGCUGCCGCCGCCCGCGCGCACGGAGGGGCUCACGGUCUGA